AGAAAAGAAAUGCCAUUUUGUUUUUUCUGUACUUCUUUGUUCCUUUGACGUAGUCCAUUGUUUCGACGUUUGAAGUUUCUAAACCUUGGCAAUAUGCCAGCACAUUUUACUGCUUGAAGAUUGAUUUGUAUUGGUUGACGCCUUCUUUGUUUGUGGGUUUGUUUGUUCUACAUGUUGAGCUUGCGCCAACUGUUGAAGAUAGAUAGAAACCGAAAAAAAUGGCGUUGUCUGGCAAGAAAGUUUGCAUGAUUGUAGACUUCACUUAUGAGGAUCUCGAGGUUUGCUAUCCGCAGAUCCGACUCGAGGAGGAGAGUGCAACUGUGAUAAAAGUUUCGCUGCACAAGCCCGGGACAAAGGUAUUUAUGUUUGAGCGAUCAAAUGACGCUACCUUUUAUUGCGAUGCACUUUGUCGGAGACGAGACAGCCCUGGGAGAAUAGAACAGGAGAAUCAAGGCCAUCGGCGACGCCUCUGCUCGGUGUGCACGGUGGAGCGGCGAACCGUUGGGCGCCGACGUUGUGAGAGGGCUGAAGGGCUCGGGCUUGUUACACGAAGCAACUGCGUACGCAUUCACUCAUGGACGCCCAUGCCCUUGGCGUUAUUGCUACACCACGGAGAGGCGCACGCCGUGGCGCAUGCUCUUGGAGUAAUAGCGGCGAUUUCUUGCGCGGGUCAUGGGGCUCCUUGGUUUAUUGUGCAGCCCGGGGCGGGCAGCGUAAGACGGGCAGACCACCCGGCAGCGCUGCGCCCCGGCUUAGGGCGAAGCUUGCAGACCUGGAGGCCGAGAAGAUUGCCACGUUGCGGAGCGCAGUGGUGGCGUUUGUCCUGGCUACCGGGCCGCUGUUCGAAGCCCGGGCCUGCCCUUCAGUUGGACCGGCGGCAAGGUCUUCGAGUGGCGAGUGGGAAAGGUGCGGGCCCUGGCCUCGUUUGCGCCGCUUUGGUUUCCCCACCGACUCGCCGGAAAGUUCGGGGGCUGACAACAAUAGCGGCCGGCUUCAGCAUCACCCCCAAGAGGGGGCAGGCGAGGAACGCCCGCCAGGGCGUUCAGCCUUCUCGCCUAGGAGUCCGCUUUUGCGAAGGCUUGCAGCUUAGGAGAGUCCCAGAACAUUUACAAAGACGCCGCGGCCGAAGAACCAAGACCGGGAAUUCAGGGCGCAAACUGGUAGUGAUCCCAGCAAAGCGGACACACACUCGGACACGCGACAGCAGUCUCAAUUAUGUAGAGGCUGCGUGCGCGGCAAAGGGUGGGCGAUCGUCUUCACACUAUUCCCCAAAGGCGGGAUGCAAGACGCGGGCCAAUCAUUUUUUGGGCCGCGGUCUUGUCUACCAGGUCAGUGUCGACAUUUCCGGGCAAAUGUUGAGACUCUUUGUUGAGGAAGGAGAGUUGCAGACGCUUUCAUGCUGCUCCUUGGGCAUCGCCUUGCUAUGUCUAGCAUUCCACCAAUUCCGCGCGGGUCAGCGUCUACAAUGCGGCUUCCUGCUGGCACUAGCUUAGGAGUCAUGUGCGCGCAUGUGCUGCGACUGAUCGAGCAUCUCCGAGCCUGAACCUCUCGGAAGUCCCUGCAUUCUUUGGGUGCUACGCGCCUACCUGGAACCGCGAUCCGGCACCGCUCCGAUACUACAGCCCACAUAUAUGGAGCGCUGUGAGGGCUUGAAGGCGCAAAGCCGUGCCCUCCAACGCCGGGCGCCAUGUGUGCAGGCAAAUACUUCCGGGGGGCUUUGCCACAUAUUUCGGGGGAUGGUAGAACUGGGACUCAUUGCGAGAUACCCUGCAAACACUGGCGAUUAGACUCUACAAGGCGGGUAGCGCUAUCGUUUCGUUUGUGGCCCGGAGCUGUUUGUUUACCUAGGGGCCAGGAGUGCCGGCCGAGUCUUCAGGCCCCUCCGAAUGCAGCUUGGCCCUGUUACUGUCCCAGCGGAAGAAAGUAGCGGGGUUUGCUGAUUCAGUUCGAUAAAUUGGAUGGCGCUGAAAUUGUUCAGCUGGUCGGCCCUUUCGAAGCGCGAAGCGCGGCAAUAAGCAUCACAACACGCAGGCGGGCGGCCUUCUCUCUAGCGCGUGCGGCCGGCCUGUAAUAGUGGCCGCGUGUUUAAAGUGGCGCGGCAAAAAGGAAAACGCCGGAAACAAUAACGGCAGCGACGCCGCUGAUGAGGAGGGACAGCAUUGCGCAAGUUGUCGCCAAUCGCUUGGCGGCAAUCUCCCGCGGGGGCUCAGGCGGUGCGUGGUUGUUGUCAGAGGUAAGGGCGGGAAGCCCCAAGACACGCCGGCGCCUGGUGGGGAAGUAGAAGGGCGGAACACAGGGGAAGCUGGGAAAGCCGUGGAACCCUCUAGGACGGAGGUGGCGGACUAUGGGCGGCAGGCGUGGGGGAGAACGAGGUGGCCCAGGGGCUGGGCGGAAUUCUACACGACUGGGGGGCGGACGGUGAUGCCUGGAGAUGGGGCCGCUUGUGGGGAUUCGAGCAGGGUGCUACAUUUUAUUUUUAGGGUCCAUGGGAUGUGGGUCGGAGGUGUUAAGGUCAGGGCUGAACAUUGAUGGCGGGCACUCCGCAGCAGUGGAGAGCAUCAGGGUUAUGGACAAGAGGGCCGGGGCAAAGGAUGCGGAAAAGUCCAGAACCAGCACAAGGCCAAAAAGACUCCAACCACGGGCGCGCCGGAUAAGGCGCCAAAAACUACAGCGACGGGCGGGCUUUGUCCUCAGUGAGUGUGGGGCAUGCGGUUCCCGGCGCCACUUAGAUGCUGUGAGCCGGGUGGCGUCCAAUGGUUGCGCUUUUUCUGUUUGGCUGCCGUGCUUUGUCAGACACUGGGGCGUUUACAUUACAGCGCGGGCACCCUUUUCGAGGAGACCGACAGCCCCGCAGUGGGGCUCGCCGUUGCCACCGGAGGCACGCAGCCCGCCAAGCUCGGCGCCGCAGCUUUCCCCGCCUACUUUCGGUUUUGCUGCCUCUUGUUGUUUCGGUGGGGGGUUUUUUGUUGGUUCGCGCUACACGCUAAGCACAAUGGACGGCGUGCGAGGGGUAUGGCAUCCAUCGCGCCCCUGGGUCUUACCUUCACCUUUUUCGACUGGUCCACCCAUAGUGUCCAUGCAUCAAGUAAAUACACUCUCCUAGCGACUACACAGGGAAGACGCUUCACUCCCUGAGAAACGGAAAUAGAAUUCUACUAGGUCACAGGCAAGUACGGGUAUCCAGUCCUUGUAGACAAGCACAUAGGAGAGGUGAGCGCCGCGGAUUUCGAUUGUGUCAUAUGUCCUGGUGGCUUUGCGCCCGACUACUAUCGCCGCGAUGAACAGAUGAAAAGACUAGUUGCGGAGACGUUAGCGCAAAAGAAGCCUGUAGCGGCUAUAUGCCACGGACCAUGGAUGCUGUGUAGCGCAAAAAGCGAAAGUGGGAAUCCUGUAUGCUUAUGACAAGGAUAAUCAAAUUUAUAAAUUCAUAUAUCAGUUCACGAAGACGAAGUGCUUCCUUUGCCGAUAGAAACUGGUCAUCAAGUUCAAGUGUUGCACUAGGAUCUCAACCCACGUAUGUAAUUUCCAUUGCGUUGCACAACAAGACGAGACACAAACGUAAACUCGACUAGACAAGAUACAGAUGCAAAAUGAAUCGAGUUUCCAAAGAACCUUGUUAAGCCGUUCGUCCCAACCCGGGUUUGCUUCCGUUCUUUCAUUGCCUUCUGGAGUCAAGGUGACCGCUUUCCACGCGAUCAAGGACGAUCUAGAAAACGCUGGAGCAAUAUUCGUCGACGAAGCCGUUGUCUGUGAUCAAAAUAUUAUUACCAGCAGAACCCCAAAGGAUCUGAUACCAUUCACCUUGGCAAUAAUUGCGGCGCUGAAGUAGUAGAAAGAACGUUUAAAAACUUCUGAUAUGAUGUGAUUGGAAGAUGCUCAACAUGCUAUUUGUUUCAUGGUCAGUUUGUUCAGACUUCAUGUGGAAUGACUGAUCAGCAACAUGUGCGCGGACCAGUACGACGCAUCACAGGCUGCGGUCGCUUUCUUCCAGGUUCUCUGGCGAGGAACGUCAAACUUUGGAGAGUAUGCAGAUUCUCGCGAGAAGAGUGUGAACGUGCGAUGGAUUGGUGAGUGACAUUGAGAGUGACCACCAGGAAGAGAGAAAAAG